CCGCUCCGUGUCGCUGUCCCCGCUCCGUGCCGCUGUCCCCGCUCCGUGUCGGGCCCCGCUCCGUGCCGCUGUCCCCGCGGGCAUGGAGCUGCCGUGGCUGGGCCAGCACUGCUCCGAGCGCACCUGCAAGCAGCUGGAUUUCCUUCCUCUGAAAUGUGAUGCAUGUGGGGAAGUCUUCUGUAAAGAUCACAUCCGUUACGAUGAGCACAAGUGCAGCUCUGCCUACAAGAAAAAUGUGCAGGUCCCAGUGUGUCCCCUCUGUAACACUCCUAUCCCAGUGCAGAAGGGAGAAAUCCCAGAUAUUGUGGUUGGAGCCCACAUGGAUAAGGACUGCAAAUACAAUCCAGCACAGCAAAAGCAGAAGAUCUUCACAAACAAAUGCACCAAGCCAGGCUGCAAAAGAAAAGAGAUGAUGAAGGUGGUUUGUGAACAGUGUGGUGGCAGCUUCUGCAUAAAACAUCGGCAUCCUCUGGAUCACGACUGCAGAGGGAGCAGCCAGCCCAUCUCCAAGGCAGGAUAUGCAGCUCUGAUGAGAGCAUCUCAUCCCUCCUUCAAGUCCCCGGGAGCAACUGGAGCGCCUUCUAAUGGGAAUUGUCAGCACAACAGGUGCAGAUAGUAGAGGCUCAUCACAUCUGGAUCAAACCUUUAAAAUAAAGUUAAUAUUUUUCCCCUCUCUUUAAAUUUCUAUGUAAUUAACUUAUUUUUGUCAUUAUUUUGUAUGCAUUCAAUAAACUGUUACCCUUUCCAAGCCAA